CCCCCCUGCUACAAAAUAUCCCCAAUCCAAACUCGUUCUCCCAUCCACACCCAGUUUCUUCCCAGUUACUCAUUUAUGGAGUUCCAAGAGGGCAUCAGUUCCACGGGGCUACAGAGCGAGGAGAUGGACUUGAGGAGAGGACCGUGGACGGUGGAGGAAGACCUUGUCCUCAUGAAUUAUAUCACUGCUCACGGCGAAGGCCGGUGGAAUUCCCUGGCUCGUUGCGCAGGGCUGAGGCGAACGGGAAAGAGCUGCCGCCUCCGAUGGCUGAACUAUCUCCGCCCCGACGUCCGCCGCGGAAACAUCACCCCAGAGGAGCAGCUGCUCAUCCUCGAGCUCCACUGCCGCUGGGGGAACCGGUGGUCCAAGAUCGCGCAGCACCUGCCCGGGCGGACUGACAACGAGAUCAAGAACUACUGGCGGACGCGCGUGCUGAAGCACGCGAAGCAGCUCAAGUGCGACGUCGACAGCAAGAAGUUCAGGGACGUGAUGCGCUACCUGUGGGUGCCCCGCCUCGUCGAGCGCAUCCGAGCCGGCGCCGCCACCGGCGCCUCUAAGGAACCGGGGCUUGGCCCCGGGAAGCCGACGAGUCCGUCGGACUCGUUCGGGAUGGAGCUGUCUCCGCCUCCGGUCUCCGACGGCUGCGAGGACGCCGGGGUUGCUACGGUGGCAGGGGACGACAGCGGCUGGUUGGAGUCGGCGUAUGAUGACCUGGUGUUGCCCGACUUUGACCAGAGCAUGUGGACGGAGAAUCUAUGGAGCGUAGAAGACAUUUGGGCGCAGGAACAGCUGUGGUAGUGCCCCUCUGUUUUCGGGAAGAAAAAACAAAAAAUAGUAUUUAUCAAAUUUGUAAUUUUGAUUGCUGCAAAGAAAAAAAAACAGAGCAAUUUUUUUGUUUUAA